CUGAGCGUGUAGGCGAGACUGUGAUUUCAGGGUGCCUCUGCCUGGCAGCUACUGUGAUUUAAAAGCCAGGAUUUCUUGGGUGACUGAUUCUGGGAGGCUGAUUGGGGUCGGCGGUGGAUGAAAAAUGCCCGUACUGGCCGGAUGGAGGCUGCGGGCCUGGUGGGGCCUGGCCGGGGGGGCCGUGCUCUUGGCCCUCUGGCUUCUGUGGCCUCCCAGGCCGGCCCCUGGGGAGACCUUGGCACCCCAGCCCACGCUCACCAUCCUCAUCUGGCACUGGCCCUUCACUGACCGGCCCCCGGAUCUGCCUAGUGACACCUGCACCCACUUCGGGGUCACCAACUGCUGCCUGACCGCCAACCGCAGCCUGCUGGCCAGAGCCGAUGUUGUGGUCUUCCACCACCGUGAGCUGCAGAUGCGCUGGGCCCGCCUGCCCCUGGACAGGCGGCCGUGGGGGCAGCCCUGGGUCUGGGCCUCCUUGGAGUCACCCAGCCACACGCACGGCCUUGGCCGCCUCGGCGGCAUCUUCAACUGGGUGCUGAGCUACCGGCGCGACUCCGACAUCUUCGUGCCCUAUGGCCACCUGGAGCCCCGUACGGGGCCCCCGCCACCGCCCCUGCCAGCCAAAAGUGGGGUGGCCGCCUGGGUGGUCAGCAACUUCCAAGAGCAGCAGCGGCGGGCACAGCUGUACCGUCAGCUGGCGCGGCACCUUCGAGUAGACGUGUUUGGCCGCGCCAUCGGGCGGCCCCUCUGUGCCAACUGCCUGCUGCCCACUGUGGCCCGCUACCGCUUUUAUCUGGCCUUCGAGAACUCCCAGCACCGUGACUACAUCACUGAGAAGUUGUGGCGCAACGCGCUGGUGGCCGGCACUGUGCCUGUGGUGCUGGGGCCCCCGCGGGCCAAUUACGAGGCCUUUGUGCCACCUGAUGCCUUUGUGCACGUGGACGACUUCGGCUCGACCCGCCAGCUGGCCGCCUUCCUGGCCGGCAUGAAUGAGACUCGCUACCAGCGCUUCUUUGCCUGGCGUGACCGGCUGCGUGUGCGGCUGUUCAGCGACUGGCGGGAGCGAUUCUGUGCCAUCUGUGCCCGCUACCCCCACUUGCCUCGCCGCCAGGUCUACGAGGACCUUGAGGGCUGGUUCCAGGCCUGAACACCGUGGACUAUGGGGGUCCCAUUGGACAAAGGCAGACUGGGGUCAGAGGCCAGGGAGUGAGGGGGAGGUCACGGCAGGUCAGCAGUCGGGCUUGGGAGGCUGCCUGGAGGAGGAGGCUGGUGGGCACUGGGGAAGGCAUCUGGGGAGGGAGAGGGGAGAGCAGGGAGGGGAUUAGGUGGGGGCACGGCACCCACCUUCCAUGAAUCUUGGGUGGGACCCUGGCUGUCCUGGAGACGUGAGUGUCACCUUCCUUCUUCCAUAGCAGCUGAGCACCCCCGAUGCGGGCGCUGGGCGCAGUGACGAACAGGCCAGUGCUUGGUGGGUCCAGUGGGGUGGGGCACGGAGCUAGUAAAGAGCCA